AUGUUAAGUGAGAAUACAAAUCAAAAUUAUCCUAUUGUAUACUAUAAUCAAAAAGUGUGUGAUUAUAAUAAAUAUUUUCCAGAGCAAUCUAUUGCUUUAACAGAUCGUAGUAUUGUCAGUAAGCAAGAUCAAUCAUCUACUGCUAAAUUUUCUUAUCCUGGUGGUGAUUCAGGUAUCAGUAAUACAAGCCCAGACACGUAUAGUCUUUCAGAGCCUGGUCUUGUUGCCUCAACAUCUCAGUUUCCAUUAGAUAACAAUGAUAAUUAUAAUCACGGGAAAGUAAAUGUAUCCUCACAAACUAUUUCUCACUAUGCUUUAGAUUAUGCUACUAUACCAAAACGUAGUAAUAAUGAUAAUAACAAUUAUAAAUCAAGACAUAAACUUCAUCCCUAUCCAUUUAUAUACAAUAAUCAGCGGUUAUUUAACGUUAAAACAAACACCAGCAAAAAUGUUUGUAUACCUAGCACUUCUACUAAUUAUUCAUCCUAUAUAAAACGUAAACGAAGUUAUGACAAGAAGCUACACAAGAUAUGGCAGACAUAUGAAAAUCGUUUAUAUAAAUUCAAUGAAAUCACUUCUUCAUCAUCUUUAUCAUCAGCAUCAGAAUCUUCGCUAACAUCAUCGUCAUCUUCAUCAUCGACACCGUCGUCAUCUACGCCAACAAAUUCAUCAACUAGUGAAUUGUUUACUGUUAAAAUGAGUCGUGCUGCUAAAAAUCAAUCGACUGAUGAUGAUGAUGAGGAGGAGACAAGUAGUCAACAAGCUGUAACCAAAAAAGAAACCCUACAAAAUACUCAAUCUAACAUUACAGGAAUUCAUUCAAUCAGUAAAAAGGAGAAUGAAAAGAAAAGCAAUACAAGUAUAUUGGCUUCUGUCAGACGCAGUAAGUCUGCUAAAUAUCUCAUCAAAAUGAUUUAUGGUAUCUUAUUGACCAUAUUGGGAUUUCUUUUAGUCUGUGCAAAAGUCAGUGGAGACACUUCAGUGUCAUUGGUUUUAGAAGGUCUCAUUAAUUUUCUGCUGCUUGGACAACUUAUGUAUUUAAUGACAUUUUAUAUUUCCAAUUAUUGCAAAGCAUGUCGUUCAUUUUGUGAUUGUUGUCUUGUAAAAAGUAGUAGACAUAAUGUUCAUCGAUUUCAUUACGGUCAGAAUUAUACGACUAACCUAUUGCUGAGACGCGGAUUGAAUCAGAGAGUCAUAUUUAACAGGGCUGAACAUCACAGACCACAUCGAGUUAUUCAUCAGAGUGAUGUAAAGCAGGACAGUACAACUCUUACCUGCUCUAAAGAAAUAAACAAAAUUUCUCAACCAGAUAAUUCACAGUAUUUCCAACUUUUGACCUUUGAAAAUACAAGAAUAACACAACCACAAGUUGGAUUCAGUAAUCAAAAACGCAGCAUGUAUUCUAAUAUUAAGAAUGAUAACAAUAAUAAUAUGAAUAACCGUCACUUGAAGAUGGUUCAGACCACUCCUAAACUAAAUCUAAAUUGUGAAUAUAUAAUUCAGGGAUGUUUUUAUGUCGGAAGCCUAGUCAGCAUUAUCUAUUAUACAGACAAAUUUCUUGAAAUACUCUAUAAUAUAAUGAAUACUGAUUUGAAUCGUUUUCAGCAAUCGUCAUUACUUAACAACAUUUGGAGUCAGUAUGCAAAUAUGCAUGCUCAUCAGUACAAUGCGAAUAAUAUCGCAAUGAAUGGUAGUUAUCAACAUUAUAAUGGAAGAGAUUUACCUGGUGAAAUGAGAAGCAGUUCUACGGAGAACAAUAAUAAUACUGUUAGAAACACAUUAAUUACUGAUAGUCUGAUAAGAUUUCAAGCCAGUUCAAUGAUAAUCAUAAAUCACAAUAAUACUUUAAAUGAUACAAUCAUGAAUAAUCCAAUAAAUAAAACUACUGACUUAUUUCAACGACAGAUUAUCUACACUUAUUGGUCACAAUUAAUUAAUAAUGCAUUAUGGAUCCUGUUAAUUGUGAUACAAAUACCAUUUGUAAUUCGAUUAAAACGGGUAUAUCAGAAAUCUUUAAAAUUAUCUAAUGGAUUCUUAUUUAUACAUAUUAUAAUUUCAAAUCUAGUCGGUUGGUUUUACGUAACUUAUAUUAGCACAGAAAACUAUUUCAAACACUACCAUGAAUAUAUACUGACCAGAACAAAAGAAAUUGAUGAUUAUUCAGCAGAAAAAUUUGACAGAUUAUGGAUUUUAGAAGUGAAUCGCAAUCCAAAGGCCUAUUUAGUGAACGCUGUUGCUCACUCACAUUUAUUCAUUGUAGUUUUGCUUUGGGUCGUUUGGAAUGUUCAGAAACUGGUUAACAUUGUUCUAGAUUCUGGAAAAGGAAGUAAACGACACCGUCUUGUACACUGGGAGAAAGAUAAUUGUUCGUUAUCAUCAUCAUCAACAUCGUCGGCAUCACAAGAUACAAAACAACCAGCUCCUCAACUACCUUCCUCUUCAUCACCAUCUACUAAGAAAAUGCAUUACUAUUCGUAUUUCAAGAAGCCAUAUAUGUUCGGUACACUCAGUCUACUAUCUAUAAUCUUGUUGAGUGUACAUUUAUUUUCUUAUAAGUUACAUAGUUAUUUACAAAUUCUGUUUUGUUAUUUAAAUUAUUUUUUUAUUUUAUUAUCAACAGCUUUACAGACUAUUAUAUUAUCUUAUUUGCUAAAUCAUGAUAAACAGUUGAAACGAAUUUUAAAUUAUCCACGUGUGCUAUUGAAAAAUUUUAAUUGGUUUAAAACAAAUCUACUUCACUUUCUUCUUUUAUUUCAAUUAACCGGUUCUGUAUGUUAUAAUUUAAUACAAAUUAUUGAAAUUUUCCUACAGUUUACAAUUCCAGCUAAACAGAAUUUAAAAUUUAGUUAUCCUUCCAGUACACCUGUUUCAUCUAUUCUACCUAUUUCUUCUAUUCUUCAAACACGUUCCAAGAUGAUUAAUCCUCAUCAACAUCAUCAGUAUAAUCAUCGAUAUGAACUAUUAUUUCUAAAAUAUUUGCUUAUUUCAACAUUCUGCUUUGAAAUGAUUGAAAAUUUUCUAGCAUUGUUAUGCUUACCAGUUCUAAUGGUGAAGUGUUUUUCCUAUCAAAUUAUGAAGUCAAAAUUUAUAAUUUGGUUAUUAAUUAAUCUAAUUACAAAUGAGAUAUGUUUAUUAAUUAUGAAGAUUAUAAAUCCACAGUUAUUAAUUUUAGGAAAUGAUUAUAUUUCACAUUUUUCUACAACUUAUUCAACUAAUCACCAUUUUCAUAUUAGAAGUACAGACACCAGUGGUGUUAAUGUUGGCGUUGCUAUGACUACGCCACUUGUCAACAACAAUAAUAUUCAUGAUCAUAAUAUUGUUAAUCCAACUGUUAACAAUAAUCAUACUGGUUUUCUGCCUAAUAAUGAAAGAGUCACUGACAUGUAUUAUUCAACAGGAAUUCCAGUAAUGUUGUCUGUUGACUGGUGGUAUUGGAUAUUUAUAAAACAAUUGUCUCAUUCAUUAUCUAUUCUGUUUCGACAGUCUAUUCUGAUUAGUUGUGGAUUUAUAUAUUUCAACUAA